AAGCCAGAGACAUUGAAAAUAUGGUCCUGGUAGAUAUAUCAUAAAGAUUCUAACUAACUGGUAUUUAUGCCAACACUUAAUUCAAUAAGCGAAGGCACAGGCUGUACCAAAUUUGUGAGAGAGAGGAAUAAAUAUGUCCUAUACUAGACCUAAGGAAGAAGUUGAAAGGCUUGCAGUUUUGAACGUGUAGCUGCUUGAAAUGGGUGUGAAAACUAACAUACUGUUCUUCUGUCUCUUCAUUAAUGCUCUCUGUACGUCUGGAAAAGGACAGCAUUCAUUUGUGAAAGAAGCAAAGAAUGGGCAGUGGAGGAAGUCAAAGUAUGAUUUUAUAAUUGUUGGGGGAGGAACAGCAGGAUGCUCUCUUGCUGCCACUCUGUCUCAGAAGAUGUCUGUCCUCCUCUUGGAAAGAGGUGGAUCCCCACUUGGUAAUGGAAACAUAUCCUACAGUAUGGAGAAUUUUGAAGCAAAUUUGUUUGACUUCGAUUCUGACCGCUCGCCCACCCAGAUUUUUAUAUCUGAAGAUGGGGUGAUAAAUGCAAGAGCAAGAGUGUUGGGAGGAGGUACUUGUCUCAACGCAGGAUUUUACACACGUGCGAGUUCAAGUGAGGUGAGAGCCAUGGGAUUGGAAGCAGGACUGGUGGAGCAGUCUUAUCGUUGGGUGGAAAGUAUAGUGGCCCACCGACCUCCCACAAAUGAAUGGCAGGAUGCAGUAGCGAAAGGUCUCUUGGAGGCAGGUGUUUCUCCUUACAAUGGCUUCACAUAUGACCACAUCCCUGGGACCAAGCUUGGUGGGACAAUUUUUAAUGGCACUGGACAUCGCUCUACAGCUGCUGAUAUUCUUGUUCAACGUGGCAAUCCAAGAAAACUUACAGUUUUGCUAUAUGCAACUGUUCAACGUCUUCUUUUCUCUACAAAAGAUAAAACGAGGCCAAAAGUGAGGGGAGUUGUUUUCAAAGAUGCAGAUGGAGCAGAGCAGCAAGUCUUUUUGAAGGGAGAUAAAAGUGAGGUUAUAAUAUCUGCUGGUGCCUUAGGAAGCCCACAGCUGCUUAUGCUUAGUGGGAUUGGGCCUGCAAAAGAAUUGAAGUCCAUGGGAAUACAAGUGAUAAUGGACCAGCCUGCAGUCGGGAAGGGCAUGGCUGACAAUCCCAUGAAUACUAUUUUUGUACCUUUCACAACUCCUGUCCCAGUCUCUCUCAUACAAGUAGUGGGCAUCACCAAAUUUGGAAGCUAUAUAGAGACAUGCAGUGGAUUUAGAUUAUAUGAAACGGGUACAACUAAAAAGGAUGGAAUUAUUCUGCAAAAGGUGAAAGGUCCUCUUUCCAAAGGUCAUCUGAGAUUGGAUAACAGUACCAAUGCUGAAGACAACCCAAUGGUGAAAUUCAAUUACUAUGAUCACCCAAUGGAUCUACAAAGCUGUGUGAAAGGAAUAAGGACCAUCCAAAAGAUCAUUGGGUCUCGCCCAGUGAAAAAAUUCAUUCCCCCUAGCAUAAGUCUGAACAAGAUCAUGAAUUCAAGCUUUUAUGCUCCAAUAAAUUUGACUCCUAAGAGCACAGAAGGAUGGGGAUCAUUAGAGCAGUUCUGUAAGGAUACAGUGACUACAAUUUGGCAUUAUCAUGGAGGAUGUCAAAUGGGUAGUGUUGUUGAUAGAGAGUAUAGACUCUUUGGAGCAAAUGGUGUUCGAGUCAUUGAUGGAUCCACAUUUCUUUUCUCUCCAGGGACUAACCCUCAAGCUACUGUGAUGAUGCUUGGAAGAUACAUGGGAGUGAGAAUCCUGAGAGAAAAACUGGGCCCAUCUGCAGGAGUAUAAUUUGCUCAUCUAUUAACAUAGAUGAAUUCUCUUAGUUCGGUUGUUAUUCGGUUGUUAGUUUGCUCAUCUAUUAACAUAGAUGAGCAAGAUUUCUCUUUCUAUUCAUCAAUGAAAUUCUCUUUAAUUUAUGAAUUUUAAGGGCAUUUAUGAUCUUUCAUAUGUUCACAA